AUGGCGUUCACAGAAACUGGUGAGGCGCGCUUCCCAAUGUACAGUGUGUACAAUAUCCAGCUGACGGGCAAAUCAUUGGAUAUUAAAGAGGUUGGAACAUGGAAGAGUGGAAACUUGGAAAUCAAAAGUCCUAUCAAAAUGUAUGAUAGGAAAGGCAAAGAAACCGCUAAACACAUUCCAUCCACGUGCACUGAAAACUGUCACGAGUGCCUACAUACCGUUGACAGAAUCUCUGAGAUUCCAGGAGGUGACGUCCAAUUAUUAGGUGUCUUCAAUGCUCACUCCAAAGGGAGCAACGGCAGAGAAUGCAGUAAGAGUGUCGAUGAAAUAGGGGUUCUUGCUGAGGUAGAGGGGUUCCUUUACGCAGUUGACCAAAUCAAUAACGAUCCGACCAUUCUACCUGACGUGAAGCUAGGCGCAACUGUGCUAGACGACUGUGCAUUUAGUCCAGUCAGGACAUUUAGGCAAAUAUCCAGAUUCCUAGUGAAGAAUGAUGAAAGCGCCGGCAAGAAUGGGUUUGCCCCGGUUUUGGGAUCCGUCACCGCCCUUUCUAGUAACGCAGCAAUCUACACACAGGACAUCCUUGAAGUGUACGGUGUACCACAAAUAAGCUAUCGGUCAUCAAGUCCUCUUCUCAGUGAUAAGAAGAAAUAUCCAAACUUCCUGAGAGUGAUUGGCUCCGAUCAGUACCAAGUAGAGGCAUUUAUUGAUAUACUAAAAGCAAGUAAAUGGACCAGCGUGAUCGCGAUAUACAGUGACAAUGCCUACGGUCUAGAAGGAAGUCGCCUGUUAUUAAAACUUGCCCAGGAAGAGGGCAUCACCGUCUCUACGCUUGUUAAAAUGAAUGACGACAUAGCAUCGGAUUCGAACGCCAUUCGUGACAUUAUACGAUACAUCUCGUCAGGUUUUCGUGCGCAGGUGCAGGUUGUCAUUAUGUUCACGACGGCUGAGCAUACCAGAGCAAUUCUGGCUGGCAAAGAUAGAGAAAAAGAUCUCCCAAGAAAGACUUGGUUCGGCGGAGAUGGAUGGGGAACCGAAUUAGGUAUUGUCUCUGGACUUGAGGAAACGGCCGAGGGAGCAGUGACCCUCGACUUUUUUUCAGCACCGGUAGAUGGGUUCAACAAGUAUCUAACAACUCUAUCGCCGUUUAAGAACUCGAGGAAUGUUUGGUUUCGAGAAUUUUGGGAACAAAAAUUCGAAUGUUUCAUUGCUGAUAGAACCUUCAAAGAACCCUGCCAAGAUGAUCGAUUGACGCCAGAAGACAUCGCACCUUUCCAAGGUAGAGUCGCCUUCAUAACCGACAUUGUCCGUCUUUAUGCCAAAGGACUAGAACAACUGAUGGCUGAUUUCUGUCCGAUGACGCCUUCAAAGCUAUGUGUUAACGCAGUUAAGAACUUAAACAAAGUCACAACAUACAUUAAGGAUUCAGAGUUCACUGGGUCAUCGGGUCUGGAGGUGGCGUUCGAUAGCUUUGACGAUGCCAUACCAAGUUACCAGAUAAACACUUUCCAAGAACUGUCCAGAAAUAAGUACGGUUACAUCAACGUAGGACAGUGGGUCAACGGCAAUCUACUACUGGAACACAUAUCAGCUGAUACGAUUGUGUCCUCCUGCAGCAAGCCUCCGUGCAGGACCACCUCUCCAGACGUGCUCGACCUGCAAUUCCAUCCUCAACCUCAAGACUUCACCUUGAUUGGGCUCUUCCCGCUCUACGGUUUCGACACGUGUGGUAACACUUGUGACGGCGAGCUACGCCACGAAAUAUACCACAGUCUGUUGGGAUUCUACUACGCGAUAGAUCAAAUCAAUAAAAAGGCUGCCAUUAUUCUUCAGGGUUCAAAGCUGGGGUACGUGGUGUACAACACAUGUUCGUCCCCCACGGUAGCAAGUGAUGUCGUCAACGGAUUUGAUGCCAAAUAUCCAUAUUUCAGCCAGCCUCCUGAGGUUCCGGUAAGAACCGGCGUAUUGGGCAUGGUUGCUGGAUUUGAGAAAAAUGAAUCGGACGCCAUCUCCGAAGCCAGGCGUGAACAACAACACUUGGUGCAGAUAAGUCCAGUAAAGGAGGGGUCCAAAACUGACGGCGUCAUUGGUGUGCCACAUGUUGUUAAAGAUACCACCACACUGUUGGUCAAUGUUCUAUUUCGCCUUCAAUGGACCCACGUGUCCAUCGUCGCAUCAAAUGAAAAGGCAAGCUUGGAUCUGGCCCUGAUAUUAAAAAAUGACAUAGAACGCCGUACAUUCAUUAUUGGAACCUUUCUAACAGUCAACGGGACGUCUGCAAGCGACUACGACGAUGUUAUUGCCAAGCUCGUAAAGGCUGGAGCACCGAACGUGGUAACCUUUGCCAAUGCUGACGACAGCCGUCAACUACUUCUUGCAGCAGAGCGCCAGGACACUGCCGGCCGUCUCCUGUGGAUAAACGCGGGUCAAUGGAAAUAUCCCAAAAUGGUCGUAGACGGUUUGGACGAAGUCAUGAAAGGUUCACUUAUUUUGGUACCAGACGCUGUACUGGAUGCUGACUUUGACAGUUUUACCAAAACCCUGACACCUGACAGUUUUCCCGAUGACCCUUGGUAUGCAGAAUUCUGGGAGAAGCAUUUUCAGUGCGCUCUGACUUUCGGCGGAAAGUUCCCUAACGCUUGUACGGGAGAUGAAUCCUUCGAGCGCAGACCAUUGCCUCCAAUGCCUGUUACGGCUAAUACAGCGAAAGCGGUCUACGCAUACGCCGACGGGUUGGCAAAGUUCUACUUGUAUAAGUGUGGGCGGGUUGAUUUUGAGGGGUGCCUAGGCCAGGUCAACGGUGAUGCUAAAGAUGUCGCUGAGCUGUAUAAAGAGGUCCGACUUGUCCUCGAUGAAGGGGUCGAUGAUCCGGUGCUGAACUUCAGAUAUGAAUACAAAAUUCUUAACUUCCAGAAGCUCAAGGAUGGAAGUUUUGGAUAUGCCACGGUUGGUUCAUGGUACAAAGGCAAGCUCUCGCUGUCCCCUUCUGAUGUACAGCGUUAUGAUAGCCUUGAGAAGGGAGCCCUCCUUCCACCGCCUCCACCGCUGCCUGCAAGAUCUCCUAACCUACGAGGCUACUACAAACAUUUCCUUAACCGAUAAAGUUGCAUGUCACUACAUACUCAAAAGAAUUCGUCCAUCGAAGGGCAUUUCAUUAUUGAAUUCCAAUAUUUUCUCGUAGGGAAAUACGCAUAUAAACUUUAUAAGACAGCAGGCUUAUUACCUAUUUCAUGGUAUAAUUAAUUGUAUAAUAUAUAAUGGUAUAAUAAUAUAAAUAUGGUAUUAGAAAGCUAAGAGGUAAAGUGAAGAUUUAAUUGGAAAUGAGUAAAGUAAGACUUUAUUUGUUUAACCUUGUCAGUCAAUUCUGUUUUCAUAGAUCUCCUUUUCUUGGAUAAUUGAAAGACCCUGUGUUCACAGGUGUUCACUUUGCCGUGUGUAGUAAUUCGCGACAUCUAUCUGUCAUUACCAAUACUAACCAGGAUUGAUCGAACUCUGUGGCUGAUUAUCGCUUAAUUGCAUUCAGUGAAAUCAGUUUAAUCGUCUGACACGCCACCUUGAGUAGUCCGGGGGUUAUUAGCUUUCGUUUGCGCUCGACUGACAUUUGUCUGGCAAUUAAGCUGUUUACAUGACUGAAUUUUAGCGAGAAUCCCCGGAGAGAUGGUUAACAUUUGUCUGACAAUUAAGCUGUUUACAUUUACUGCACUAUUUAGCGAGAAUCCCCGCAGAGCUGGAUUGAGCCUGCUGGUACGAUAACUUGAAUUUGAAUGCUUCCUUAGUAGCUUCGGUAUACAAGCUCUUUGAUACAAGGACAUAAAUCACUAGAAUUUGAAAUCUUAAUUUUUUUGAAAGAGCUAUGAUUAGCUUUCAUUUAAGAUUUGUAGUUUUUCUCAAGACAGGCUAUAUCCUCCCUGUGCUUAUGAUAAAAAAGUUUAGAAAUGCAUUACGUUCUGUCGCAUGUUUUGUCAUAAGUUUUAUUCAAACACUGUUGCAUUUAAGGUGCUAACUCUGUGGGGACUCUUGCUGAGGGCACUCAGCUGCACUGAAUGGCACGCCCCCUGGCGUUGAGUAGAAUACAUAA